AGCUCUACUUCUUACUUGCUUCGCAUGUCAAAGUCCUCCACCAGAGGAGGCCUGGCAUCGCUUUGUCCUUAACAAGAAACCAUGGCGGGAAAUAACAAGAAUUCAGGUUUGUCGUUUUCUCUUCUGCUCUUCUCGGGCGCCACCUAUGCCUUUUGCUCGCACAACUUACACGCCCUGAAGAGACUCUGCGCCGACAGUGGCUUCGAUUGGCCCGUGGCGUUGACGACACUCGGCACGCUCCUUCUGUGGAUCUCCCUCGAGGGUCUCGCGCUACUUAAAUGUUUCAAUCCCGCAGCAGAUGUGCCGCUGCGGCGGGUGUUGGUUUUGAGUGUCACGCAAGCGAUCGUGGCCUGCACGGUGGUGGGGUUGGCGGGAAAAUUAUCUAGUGGAACAGCAGCAGCUACGGUACUAGGAAUCGAUCCAUCUACAGCAGCAGCUGAAGGUCCACCAAGCUCAGUAGACGAAUUCGAAGCGACGCUGCUCCCCAUCCUCGUGAUCCCCUGCACGAUUUUCCUCCAGACCAUCUUCACCGGCCGCGACGAGUAUUUGGAGGACAGCAACUUGCCCCAGAUCGGGAUCGGCAGCGCGCACAAGCGACUGCGGGACCGGAGUUGGGUCUGCCGAACGGGGUUGUUUCUUCUCUACGUCCUCCUUCCCCGAUUAUGCGACGUCGCCGUCGGCACGCUCUCCGCCGCGAUUCUGACCAUCUACCACGCGUUCCGGGUGGUGUACUGCGGCGGGAGAACCGUGUUUCUGAUUCUCCACGUGGUGUACCGCAUAGUAUCCUGCCCCUUUCAGUUUUUCUGCAAGCUGUGCUGCGGGAGGAAAGAAGGAGCGGAUGAAACAACGAUGGAGGAGACGGCGAUGCUGGUCCCCGGCGGCGGAGGCGCGGACGUCGUCGGGAAAAAAACCGACCGCGACGUCGAUGUGGAAAAUCAACCAGGAGGGCCGGGAACAGCUCGAAAUAAAUCUGCACAAGAUCAAGUGGAGAUGACACCAGUUGCGCGCAGGAAGUCUUCGAACAAUCUAUCGGUCGACAAAACGUCACCGAAGAUCGACAUUGUGGUGAAGACGCCGGACCAGGAGUCAGACCGGUCUUCUUCUGUCUCGCAGACCAGGAGCCGCCGGAACUUGUUGGACGUUAGCGGCGAGUUGGAUUUACCACCACCGAUAUCGCACAUGACACCGAGAAGCGUUGCGAGUAGGCUGAAAUUCCCGACGUUUUGCGAAUUAGUGGCGUUAUCAGUUGUGUGCGUCCCGUUGGUGUUGAAGCUUGUGCAGCAACUCGUGCCAUUGAUUGCGACCAUGGUGCCGGCAGCAGCGGGGAAUGAGGGUGCUGGUGCACCUGCGUCGUCUACUACGGCUCAGGAGAAUAGUAACACGGACGGAACACAACUGUCAGCAUCUUUGUCGAGGACUUCGUUUUCCUCUUUCCUGACCGACUUACUUCUUACUCUUGCCAGUCAGAAGGGUCUCACUAGAACAGUCGUAAUCGCGUUUUUGGUGGCGCUGAACGGCCUGUGGAUUCACCGUGCGGAGAUCCAGCUGGAGGUCACAGCGAUGCAAUUGCUGCAUCUAGUUUCGAGGACAAGUUUUUGGAUUCUGCUGCUCGUCGCGAUCCCAUUCACGGAAGGCCACUUGCUAUCGAUUCAGGAACAGGAGAAACUGCUGACACAAGCCCAGGAACUGUGGUCUUCGGCGACGCAGGAGCGGAAUUGGCGAACAGUUUCCUCCAUGUUCGAUAAGGACAACUACGGGAAAUACUUGCUAAGACGGAUACUGCAAGCGGACACGACGAGUUUGGAAAAUGGUGGGGGCGCAGCAGCUCUUGAUACAACAGCGUUACCACUUGCCGCAGCACAGCCUAUGCGUGAAGAACUGUCCAACACGGUAUUGGCAAGUGACCAACAGCAAGCUUGGCUGUUCCUGCCCCACACCUGGGUGUCGAUAAGAUCUUUCAGCAUAUCAGAAGGAAAAAUCCCCCCGCCCCAUAUUGGAAAGGUAUGUUUCCGCAAAUUUGUGUUGCUGAUUUGAGGUCACAGAUCGCAUUUGUCUUGCAAGAAGACAAGGGCAGAAGCUUCCGCCCCAUUAUGGAAGCGAUUUGUCAUGCUGUUGGGCCUAAAGAGGAGCCGUCUGCCAUGCUGAAGAACUAGACCGAUACGCCCCUACCUGGCCUGGGGAUCAGGCGGCAAUGCCUUCCUGCAGUACAGAGCUGAUUUGUGUACACAAAUCCAGCAUCAGAAAUUCCGUUUUGAUAUGGGGAGGGGGGAUUUUUGCUCUCAAGACACCACCGUCGCGUUAUUCUGCGCAAACUUCGCGGGGAUGCAGUGGGCCGCAGUCACGUUUCUGAUGAAGGGCGCGCCGCUAUUCCGAGUAAAAACAUCCCCACCCCAGAGUUGUCAUGCAAAUUUGCAUGCCAAAAAAGUUUUUCAUGCAAAGCCCCAUGAGAAGCUUUUUCUAGUCGUGUUUUGAGAUUUGUGAUGCUAGAAUCAACACGCUAUCCUAAAUCUGUGAUGCUGCUGAGCUAGCUACUCAGGAUCACACUACGAGGACAAACUUGUCAUGCGAAACAACCAAAGUUGGACGAUUUCUCUAGCAGAUUCUUCACCUUGACUCUGGUAUGGGGACGUUUUUACUCAGGAUAGCCGCUCUCUUUUCAGGUGUUGGACCGGGGAACGACCAGUGUCGCAGCCGUGAUGUAUGGAUUGUAAAAAUGUCUGGGUCUGGGAGAUUGCGAGAUUUGUCAUGCUAUUCUGGCAUGACUCUGGGAUCUGUAUUGCGUGGCAACCAAGAGCUCCUCUAGCCUGUCAUGCAAACACGCAGUUUCUCAUGCGGAAUACGCAACGCAGAAGCAUGAAAAAACUUGUCAUGCUCGGCGGCGCAUUACAGUGUCCUUAUUAUUCAGUGACCUGCAUCACAACUUUCCAGACCCAGACAUUUUUGCAUUUGAUAUGAUGGUGCUUGCAGCAAAGGAGCAUUUUGCGUGCUUGGUUGCGGCCGUGUGGUAUGGAUUGUUGCGGCUGAACAGCAAUCGGAAGGUGAAGUAGCCGGGCCUUGUGGAGGAUUAUAGCUUGAAUGAAGAAAGAAAGGCAAGAACAAU